CCCCCCUUUGUCUCUCUUUCUCCCUAUCCCAUAAUCCGUAUACUCCAAAUUCUACUCUCAUUUGUUCCCUCCCCGCUCUUCUCGCCGACGAGGGAUCUCAUUUAUCUCCCUCCCCCACCCCCGCAAAAAAAAAAUAUAGAAAAUAUAGAGAAUAUAGAGAAAUGAAGGAGGCAUCCUCUGCAUCAUCGUCAUCCUUGGCGUCGGAGAUCCCUCUGAGCCAGAAGGUGAUAAAAGUGAUCAGCAACGUGUGCUUCUCCUUCUUCGUGCUCUCCGUGCUGGUGGUGACUGUCAUCGCCGUCACCUACCAGCCCCCCGACCCCUGGCUGCAGUCCUCCUCCGCCCUCACCUCCUCCCUCUCCUCGGUCCUCCCCAACUCCACCUUCCACACCGACGACUCCCUCCUCCCCACCGGCGAGGACCUCCUCCUCUCCUCCCCCUCCCCCUCCAACUCCUCCUCCUCCACCUACCAGCCCCCCGACCCCUGGCUGCAGUCCUCCUCCGCCCUCACCUCCUCCCUCUCCUCCGCCCCGCUCAACUGCUCCGACCCCCGCGUCCUCGCCGCCAUCCGCAGCUUCAACGCCCGCGCCUUCUUCCGCGGCUCCAUCGUCUUCCUCAGCUACGACGCCCCCGUCGCCGGCCCCCACCCCGGCGAGUGCGACGCCGCCUGGCGCUUCCGCAACCGCAAGGAGAAGUCCUGGCGCCGCUACCGCGACUACCGCCGCUCCUUCGAGGUCGUCUACGUCGGCAAAUUCCGCUCCGGCACCAAUGCCGCCGCCGCCGCCGUCGCAUCCCCCCGAUCCCGCGCCGCCCGCCCCAAAACCCCGCAGAUCUCCGCGGACGCCGACAUCAACGACACGAUCCCCACCGUCGGAUCCGAAUCCCAGUUCAAGAAGGGGAAGUAUCUCUACUACACCCGCGGCGGCGACCACUGCAAGGGGAUGAACCAGUUCGUCUGGAGCUUCCUCUGCGGCCUCGGCGAGGCGCAGUUCCUGAACCGGACCUUCGUCAUGGAUCUCAGCAUCUGCUUGUCGGGGGCGCACACUCCCAGCGGGAAGGACGAGGACGGCAAGGAUUUCAGAUUCUACUUCGAUUUCGAGCAUCUCAAGGAGUCCGCGUCGGUGGUGGAGGAGGGCGAGUUCUUGCGCGAUUGGCGGCGGUGGGAUCGCGCCGGUGCCAAGAAGAAUGGCCGGAUCUCCGUUCGCAAGGUGCCGACGUAUAAGGUCGCCCCGAUGCAGCUCAAGAAGGACAAGAGCACCAUAAUCUGGCGGCAGUUCGGGGGGCCCGAGCCCGAGAAUUACUGGUACAGGGUUUGCGAGGGGAGGGCGGCCAAGUAUAUUCAGCGGCCGUGGCACGCCAUCUGGAAGUCGAAGCGGCUGAUGAACAUCGUCACGGAGAUCGCCGGAAAGAUGGAUUGGGACUACGACGCCGUCCAUGUGAUCAGAGGCUGGAAGGCCCAGGACAAGAAGCUCUGGCCCAAUUUGGAUGCUGAUACGUCGCCUGAGGCGCUCGCAGCGAAGCUCACCAAAGUGCUCCGCCCCAUGCGGAAUCUGUAUAUCGCCACGAACGAGCCGUUCUAUAACUACUUUGAUAGGUUGAGGUCGCAUUUCAAGGUGCAUCUGCUCGACGAUUAUAAGGAGAUGUGGGGGAACACGAGCGAGUGGUAUAAUGAAACGAUGGCACUGAACGGCGGCCGGCCCGUGGACUUUGACGGGUAUAUGAGAGUGGCGGUGGAUACGGAAGUGCUCUAUCGGGCGAAGACUCAGGUGGAGACGUUCAAUAACUUGACGAGGGACUGCAAAGAUGGGAUCAACACGUGCUGACGUAUAAUUUGGGCGGUGAAUCGGAGGUGAGACCGAUAGUGUUGAUGCCUAUGAAAAUGAUAUGCAAUUGGAAUCAUGAGGCACUUCGAACUGUGUUGUCGGUUUUGUGUUCCAUUUGUUUCCCUUUAUUACAAAUUUCUUGUCCGAGUGUGUUGAUUGAGUAUAGGAUUAAUUAUCUGUUGCUGUUGUUGUCGACAUCUCUUUUUAGUAUAAGUUACAAUCAAGUGUUCCAUUCUUAUUUCUUUCCAAUGGCUUUUACUCUUUAUAUUAGAAUUCGUAUUCGUAUUCGUUUUCUCUGCUUGGUUGACAGUGUAAUGCCGAUGGUUCGAGUCUGUUGGUAGCGAUGCUUCUAUGUUAGUGUGAUUAUGAAAGUGACAUUAUAUUAUUAAUCCAAUCGAACUCUCAGAUUCAGUUUUUAUUA